CAAACGGCCAAUGAUCUUUUUGAAAUUCAUUUGCUCUUUUCAGUUUUCAAGUUUAAUUUAUUAAACUGCAGUGUUUUAAUUUCCUUAUAAUUACAUUUUAUAUAACUUCACAAGUGUUCUUUUGAACAGUAUAUAGUCUUCGAGAGUUAUUCAUAAUGUAUUAAAUAGUAUUAUCUAAGUGAACUCAAAGUGAUAACGUUCUUACAUAAAACCUCCGGGUUUUAGUGAUAAAAUCAAUAUAAUGGCUGAGUUUCUAAAAGGAUUGAUACUGUCCGUCCUAUCGGAAAAGUGUUACAAUGAAUAUUUUAUCAAAUACAACUUUCUCGAUGAACCAUGUUUCAAAGCUACGCUAAGCAAAGGACUCGGUAUUGGUAUAAUCGCUGGCUCGAUACUGGUAAAAGUACCACAGAUUCUGAAAAUACUUGGAAGUAAAAGUGCUGAAGGAAUAAAUAUUUAUGGAGUCUUAUUGGAACUAUUUGCAAUAACUGCAAACUUUGCUUACAGUUAUAUUAUGAACUUCCCUUUUAGUGCUUGGGGAGAAGGUACAUUUUUAGCAAUACAGACAGCAAUCAUUGCAUCACUGGUGCUUCAUUACGGUGGAGCGCCCGGCAAAGCUGCUGCUUUCCUUGCCACUUAUGUGGGGCUCGUCUCCGCAGUAGUCAGUGGUUACACACCCAAAGAUGUACUAUGGACCAUGCAAGCUAUUAAUGUUCCUAUCAUAGUUAUUGCUAAGUCCAUCCAAGUGAUAACAAACUACAAGAAUGGAAGUACAGGCCAACUAUCUGCUGUUACCUGCCUCCUUUUGUUUGGAGGAAGUAUUGCAAGAAUAUUCACUUCUAUACAAGAAACUGGGGAUUUUAUCAUAAUAGUCACAUAUUGUGUAUCAACGAUCGCCAAUGGAGCCUUGGUCUUGCAACUCUUCUGGUACUGGAAUGUAGUCAAAACGAACAAGAAUAUAAAUAAGAAAAAGAAGAAGCGCAUAUAGUAUAAGGAUAAUAAUUACAAAGUCACUGGAACGGCUGUCUUUUUUAUUUUAUUACUUAUUUAUAUUUAAAUAAAUUUUAUUAGAUUUU